GCUCGGCUGUGAGAGCCGCUACAAGCUGCCGGGCCGCCCCGCUGCCGGCUCUGACCCGCGGGAUGGCUGCUGGAGUUUGCUACCAGCUUCCUGUUCACCUGUGACCUCUCAUCACCUGACUAUUAACCCCAAUCAACGAUGAUCAGUUCAGUUCAGGAAAUAUUAAUUUGCGUUUCACCGCCAGAAGUUCUCAGUGGUACCAAAAUAACCGAUCCGUACCGUCCUACUUCUUCCUUCUACCUUCUGUUGGGGCGCCGAGCGUACCGAUUGACACGAUCUUCCCGUAGUGAGCGACAAACACAAAACGAUAAUUGUUUAAACAUAUUUUGUGGAUUUGGAGAGACUGAUCUCAAGGUGGUGUUUUAUUAUUACUAUUGUCAGCGUGUAGCUCCGCCCCCAUGGACGACCUCGGAGAUGCAGACCUUUUGUAGGAAUCAUGGAUCUUUGUGUCGCAUUCUUCUUCUUUGUUGGAUUUAUUGGCGGUCUCCACGAUGUCACGGCGCUGUGGAAGGGAUUCCCACUGACGAGGAGCAGGCGACCGGACUGGAGAAGAUCAUCAUGAAGGCCAUGAAGGAGGGAUCGGAUCCCUACAGCAUGAUGAAGCCAAAGGAGUACGCCGGCUCCAAGGUGGACCCCCACCUCGUCCCCUCCAUCACGAACAAGAGGAUUGUGGGAUGUGUCUGCGAGGAAGACAACACGGCUGUGGUCUGGUUCUGGCUCCAUGAGGGCGAGGCCCACCGCUGCCCGUCCUGUGGUUCCCACUACAAACUGGUUGCCCAUGAGCUCCCCCACUAACCUGUUGUCACAUGUUCCAGCUGUGUGUCUGCUCAGGGUUCACCCUCAGUGACCUCUGACCUUCACACACAUGUCUCCAACUAGUUUAUUUAUCUCUGAGCUCUUCUGUCCACUUCCUGGUCUUAGGUGGUGAGCUCUCGUCUGAUUGGUCUUACUUGACGGACCUGCUGACCUCAUCAGUUUUUUGUUUUCCAUGUUAGCAUGAACGCAGGGAUCACGUGUGGUUUGGGACACAAACAGAUUCUUCAAACAUUUCCACUUAACUGCAGUUUACAUUCACACGAGUACUGAACCAUGUUCCUCUGACUCCAGGAGACUCCUUUGAUUCAAACAAUAAAGUCUCAACUUCUCUCUA